GUCAAACCUACACGGUAACUGUGUCCGCCAUGUUUGUUGAAAUUGACAACCGAUAAAUUUAGUUGUCUUCAAAAUGCUCAGUGAAACAGAGGCAAAGAAUUUAGUUCUAGAAUCAGAUUUGGAUGGAAAUCAAAACUCCUUAAACAGAAAGCUUGCCAGAGCACCAAAGUCUUUAAGACAGGGAUUACUAAAGGACAAUCCUGGCAGCGAUGAAGGUCAGACUUCAGCAGCUAUUGAGAUACAAAGAUCAUGGAGAGGGUACCAGGGCAGAUCAAACUUAUUCAGCUUAGUUCAAGCUGACGUCAGUAAGACAGCUGUUUACAGUGGUAGUAAACAUGCAGUAAUGAGACAAGAUGAUUUCAAAGGUUAUACAGGGAGUGGCAAGGAGAAAAGACCAGCUCGCCAGAGACUUGAGGAAUACUAUAAAGACUACAUACAGGGAUUGAUGUUAACUGACAGCAGACCAAGUAUGCUACCUAGCUUUGAUGAUUUUUGUGCAACAUAUAUACAAGAUUGGUGGCGGGAACAUUUAUCACGUCAUCCCCCAAGUCAUCCCGCACGACGGCCAAUAGUUUUAAAGCAGACCCCUGUACAGCCAGUAAUUCCCAAGAGACCUAUGAGAAUACUAAAUGUACAGGAAGCUGCAGCCAUGAUACAGAAAGCCUGGAGGAGACAUAUUGAUAUACAAGUGUAUAGGUAUUACAGAGAUCUAAUCAACUUUAAGACAAGAGGUAAUCCAUCACUUAUGUUAAGAUGUAUAAAUCCACAGGAAGCUAAAAUGUUAGACCCUGCUGCUGGAAUACACAUCAAGUUCAGACUUGCUGGGGAUAGGUUCCCACCAAAUAUCUAUUAUAAAAUAUACACACACAGACCUAUACAGGACAUGUGUGCUAAUAGUCCAAAAGAUUACACACAACCAUAUGUGAAGUUAAAAAUGGCAAAAGAUCAGAAUAAUAGGGGGCGCUUUGAAGUCAAUAAACAAGACAAGGCUGGUUGGUAUCAGCGGAUGGACAACAAUGGUUGGAGAUUGGUGUCUGAUAGACUUAUACAUCAUAUAAUGUCAGAUCCUGUUACCUGGGAAACGUCCAGGAAGAAAUAUGAGUAUCACCAUGACAAGCUACAAAGAAAACAAGAUGUGGAAAAGAGAAAAAAGAAGAAGAAAAUAGACUGGAUGAAGAAAAUGUACAAGGAAGGUAUGUUAAAGGCCAAAUCAGAUGAUCAGGAAACUAUACAGCUUAUAGAAGGUGCAGCAGCAGGUAUGGUAGCUACAGUAGAGAAUUAUGGAACAGAUGCCCUUGAGGAUUGGGAAGUAGAUGAACUCCUUGACUGGACCACAAGUCUUAACUUUGAAGAUUACCAGAGUGGAUGGAAAGAACUCGCUACCAGUGCAAACUCUGAAAAACAAAUAGCAAAAGUUCCUAGUACAGUCUGGGAUAGAAUUCACACAGCCUCUGAAUCCACAGCAG